CGUACGCAAUAAUUCCACUCAUGUUCUAUAUUGCGGAAGAAUACUUCUGAAAAAGCAACUGAAAAUAGUCCCAGUAUUGGCUUCAAUAUCUAUGAGAGGAAACGACAGAGCCUUUUCAGUCUUGUUUACAUCUCCUAAUUUAGUGGAUAUCAGCCAACAUGUCAACACGAGAAUUGUUUCACUUAUUUCUACUCUGCUUAUCCUGUUUCGAAGUUUUGUUUUGUGAGUAUAUUGGAAAAGAUUCGUUCUCAAAUCUCGCAUCAAUCGAAGAGGAAGCUUUCACCUCGGAGAAUCCCAACUUUCUAGACGAAUCGUUCACACGAAAGCUGAGAGUAGCCAAGACAGGAAGUCGAUAUUUGGAAGCAUUCACCUCGGAGAAUCCCAACUUUCUAGACGAAUCGUUCACACGAAAGCUGAGAGUAGCCAAGACAGGAAGUCGAUAUUUGGAAGCAUUCACCUCGGAGAAUCCCAACUUUCUAGACGAAUCGUUCACACGAAAGCUGAGAGUAGCCAAGACAGGAAGUCGAUAUUUGGAAGCAUUCACCUCGGAGAAUCCCAACUUUCUAGACGAAUCGUUCACACGAAAGCUGAGAGUAGCCAAGACAGGAAGUCGAUAUUUGGAAGCAUUCACCUCGGAGAAUCCCAAUUUUCUAAACGAAUCGUUCACACGAAAGCUGAGAGUAGCCAAGACAGGAAGUCGAUAUUUGGAAGCAUUCACCUCGGAGAAUCCCAAUUUUCUAAACGAAUCGUUCACACGAACGCUGAAAGCAGCCCUGCAAGAAAUUCGAUAUUUGAAUAGAAAGCGAAAACCAAACAGAGGUGAUACAGAGUUCCUCUUUGGCCUUAUGGGAGAUGACUUUCACCCUGAAUGGAUGUCAGCAAGAAAGCCAAAGAAGCCCUGGAAAAACUUGCCAUUGAGUGAAUUAAGUGUAAAUGUCUCUGAGGAGAUCUUGGCUAAGCAGAAGCAUUUAACGCUGUUUGAAAAUGUCAAUUUUACGAAAGAGCUUGCACAUCUGCAACCGGAUCUUUUGCCUUAUGAAAACGAGAUAAAAUCUUGGUUGACAAAGAGAGCUUCAUGUUCAGUUUUUUUUAGAUGGAAGAGUCUAGGGCGUUCUUAUUGGCCGUCAUGGUUUCGUUAUGGGUAUUGCCUCCAUCAGUAUGAAAAGUGUUCCCUUCCGUUUGGUAUGAGAUGCUUACCCGCAGAAGCAAUAGAACUGUAUUUCUUGCGUUGGAAAUGCUCGAAACGUAUCAGAAGUCGUAGAGAUGUAGGUAAGCUUGUUAUCUAUACAAAUAUAAAGAAUAAACACAAGAAGGAUUAUGCAUCAACUGAAAGGACAAGAUGCUAUUGGGAAAAAGUACGAAUACCUAUUACCGUGACCUGCCAAUGCUCUUGCUAAUUACCCUUUGACUAAAUGGAUAUUUCUCGUUUCAUUCUUUUGACAAUAACGAUAAACAGAGCUCAGUUUUGACUCCUUAUCAAAGGAGAGGACUUCAACGUAGCCCAAAGUACAGCUUUCUGCACUUGUCUACCAACUUCUCUUUUUACCAUAUAAGUGCAUAUUAAACAUAUGCUAGUGUAUUAAGAAUGUAAUUGGAUUGUUUAAUUUUUACUUGUUUAAUGACUGUCUAUUGGACUAUGGCAUUCUAUGCAAUUUCCCUGUUGUAUCAUGGCUGGAUAUACCGCUGUCUCGAGUACUGCGUAUUUUACCAAAAAUACAUCCAAGUAUUGUGAUCAGAGAAUAACGAACGCAGCAGCAAAGCAAUUUUUUUUAGCAGUAAUAUUUCUGGUUGUGAAUAAUACAGUUCUGAAGUAUAAUGCGGACAAGUGGAAAACUUCAUUCUGUGCGAGCUUCAAAGAAUCAAAUUCCUGCCGUUGCUUAAAUUUACACUCGUAUGUAUUAGUAGUUAGUAUUGUAGAAUUUCUCUUCCAAAGAAUAACUGUCUAUGCUUUAUUGCUAGUAUGUUUUUGAAUAUAAGAAUGCGAGAAAGAAACCAAAAUUGCAUAACUUUAAUUCACUUCUUCCAGAUAUCAAUUUCUCUUGGCUGUAUUUCUGCGAACUGACUAAACAGCUGGCAUUUAAUUCAAACAGAAAAUGAUAUUAAAAUCACUAAUUAAAGUGAUCCUUUUCUCUUCAUCUACCUAAACAUUUUAAUGAAGGAAAUUUUUAUCGUAAGCAUGUGCCUUUUUAACACCAGUUUUAAUAUGUGCUUUGUAACAAGAAACGGGAUUUUAGUUAUAACACGACCACUCUUUUUUAUAACGAGAGAAUACUGUACUUAAUGCAAAUAAAAAUUUUUUGUUAUUUGA